GAUGGUGUCCCCGUCGCGUCGAUUGGCGUUUUUCUCUUCUAUAAGACGCAGCUGAUGGUGGUGAUGAUUGACAUGUCCAUGGCCUGCACAGUCAAUUCGGCUUCUUUUGACGGCGUCCGGCUGGUGUGGGAUGUCCCCAGAGUGCCCAGGCCUCUCCUCGACGAGGGAGCGGCGUUUAAAAGUCUGAAGCGGCGUCUGGAGGUGGACGGUGUGAUGCUGGACGAGAUGAGCGCCGCUGCUAAGGGUUUCAGUCUGCUCCAACAAGAACAGCUGGUCCGAAUCUCGGUACCCUUUGGCGCUGAGGGCGGCUACAAAAAGAGUUUGGUGGUCAACAACAUGUACAAGGAGACGUUUGUGAUUUCUCUACUGUAUGAACAUCAGUUCCUGGCUGAGUAUCAAGACGGUGGACACGUUGAAACAAAAGUCCGACUCGUCAGGGUCCUCGAAACCCCGCAGCUCUGUCGGCCACCUUUCAGCCUUAACCACACGGACAUCGACAAGGGCGUGUUUGGAAUUUAUCUGGGCAACGUUCCCAGUGAUGUCAUUUUAGAAAAGGUCCAAGUGAAUCACAAGCAGAUGGCGCUGGAGGCAACGGAAGGUGGACUGGUCGUCACCCCCGUCGUGCAUCUCAACGGCAGCCGAGCUUACGAACUCCACCUUGCCUUUACCAAUGCUGCUGUUCGGAGGAUGUACAUGGGGGAAGGUUUGGUCCAAUACGCCAUCGACGUCAACUUCACUUUGACCAAAAUGCCCGAGAAGGAGUCCUACUAUCAUCACACCUUGAUCAUAGCCCAAGUCUUGAGCGCAUAUCCACCAAAGAUCGCGGCUCAGUGUUUGGACCGAGGAAUGGUCUUCAGCGUGGCCGUGCCCCCCGGAGCGGAGUCCCUCUGGGAGGUGGGCGUCGACCAGGAGCCGCUGACUCCACAACUGGCCGCUCAAAGAGGCUACAAAUUCCUCAAUGACAGUCAACAAAUCGUUUUGGAAGUUCCCGUCUUUUCCAUCGGCUACACUUAUGACGACAUCAACCUGUCCAACUUUUAUGGGACGUUCGCACUUCUUCUUCGAGAUACUAAAACUCUGGCGGUUCAGACGUCCACAUCCAAACGCUGUUUCUUCAAAACUGAAGACAUGAUAGUAUGUUCCGCGGAUGGCAUAGUCACGGUGGUGACGACUCCCACGGCGACCUGGCCCACAGUGCAUCCGGGAAGAACCACCCUACUGGACCCUACCUGCCGACCCAAAGAGACGGACGCCACUCGGGUCCUUUUCCAGUUCAAGCUGGACUCGUGUGGUACCAGGACCAUGGUUGGAGACUACAUGCUUUACGAGAACGAGAUCCUUCACGACAGACGGCUCAUUGCAGAUGGCUCCAAUUUCAUCUCCAGAGAUUCUCAGUUCAAGUUAACCGUGAGGUGCUUUUAUCCGCUAAGUGGAAUUAACAGACUGACGGUGGAUCGGGUCUCCAGAGCUCAAACUACUGGAUUUGGGUCAAUCGACGUUUUCGGAAGCCUCACAGAUCCAAAGAAUCUUCCUCCUGACUGUUUACAGAAACUUUCUAGACAUGCAAUGAUUAGCCAAUCAGAAACGGCGCAAGCCCGGGUGCCAGAAGUUGAGUCUAAGCCUGAACGCCAAAACGAGAUACAGCUCAAACUCCCGAGUCAGCAAACGGAAGCGCCACCCAAUGAGGACAUUCCAACACCUCCUCCAGCCACAUCUCCAAACCAAGACCGGCAAGAAAAAGGAUUUCCUUUCAAGUACGACUACUUAACACAGCGCCGCUUUCAGCCAUCGCAAGGGUACGACUACUCCGUGUCAAGUUUUCGUCCGGAAAGCUCUGCUCCAAGACGGAACUGGGCACCUGUAAGCCAAAGAGAGUUCAUAAAGCCAAACGUCCCUCGGUGGACCUCAAAGCAGCAGCCCAAUGAGGGACAUCGGCGUUCGGGCCCAUAUUACACGUUCCAGACCAACCGGUACCAGAGGCCUGGUAAUGCUCCUCACAUUCCAGUUCCUCAGAACUCUGCAGAAUUUAGUUACAUCCCUUCUAACAAUGUUCAAAAUAUUCGAGUUAAACCUCAAAGCAGAUUCCUUUUUCCAAAUCACAACCAGCAAAGCCCUCACUCUGGUGAGAUGGCAGCCAGCAGUGCAAACAGUCGUGGCAAAAUGUCUUCCAUUGUGAAUAACGUUGUUCAAAUACCAGGUAUGGACUCAAACUAUCAUUUGGCUCUCAUCGCAGUUGAGAUGAAAUGUAAGUCCUAACAUUUCCCUAUUUCUCCUCAGGACCAUCUCCAAGUAUGAAUGGACCCGGUUUCGGAGGAUUCUUGGCACCAGUAUUGAGCUGGUCUCGUGGGGCGUCGGCCCUUAGCGGCCCUGUGAAAGAUACUCCAGUGUUGAGU